AUGGUCAGAAGAAAUGGCUAUCCAUUGGAAAGUCAUGAAGUUCAAACUCCAGACGGCUACCUGUUAACGGUUCAUCGUAUUUCUCAUGGGAAAAUGGGAAGAAUUCCCGGAAAAUCAAGGAAACGUGUGGCUUUCCUGCAACAUGGAUUUUUAUCAUCAUCAGCAGACUGGAUUGGACUUGGACCCCAACGUGCUCUGGCUUACCUCCUAGCUGAUCGUGGUUUUGACGUCUGGAUGGGGAAUGCAAGAGGAAAUAAAUUUUCUCGAUGCCACGUUACAAAAAAUCCAAAAGAAUCAUCAUUUUGGGAUUUUAGUUGGCACGAAAUUGGGGUGUUUGAUGUACCAGCUAUGAUUGACUACGUCCUCAGGGAGACAGGUCAAAAGCAACUUCACUACGUUGGACAUUCUCAGGGAACAACAGUCUUGUUCGUUAUGCUCUCCCUUCGUCCCGAGUACAAUAGAGUUCUCCUUACAGCUCACGCCUUGUCUCCUGUUGCCUUCAUGUCUCACGCUCAGAGCCCUCUUGUUCGUCUAGUAGGUCAGUUUGGUGACCUUAUUACAUGGAGUUCUUACAUUCUUGGAAUGAGGGAGUUUAUGUACGACAGCACAAUGUUGCGUCUUGCAGGAAGCAUUGCUUGUACGAACACUGUAACAAUCAGAGAAGUUUGUGCCAAUAUCGUAUUCCUAAUAGCAGGAUACAAUUCUCCACAACUAGAUCGCGACUCUCUUCCGGUUAUGCUGCAACAUUUUCCUGCUGGUGCCUCUAUGCUGCAGCUAAUUCACUAUAUUCAGCUUUUCAAAUGCAACUGCUUCCGCCAAUUCAACUACGGUUUAAUGGGGAAUAUGAUGAAAUAUAAAACUCCUGAACCACCGGAAUAUCCUCUAGAACGGAUAACGGCCAGGAUUUAUCUAUACUACGGCGAUAAUGACUGGUUGGCGGCUACAAAAGAUGCAAGUGACAGGCCUGUGUGGGUCUGA